UGCAUUCAUAAUAACACACGUUCGAAUUUUCACUAGGGUCUCCUCAACAACAGCUGAAAAAUGCCUGCUUAUUUAUUGCUUCUAUCAACUCUCCUUUCCCAAGGAAUAACGAUUCAUAGUACAGAAGAAAGCGUCUUUCCCAGAGGCCAUCUACAGCCUUUAGGCAGCCAUCGUGAUCCUGACAACAGUUUAAUCGAUGAACUUCAUGAUGUUCCUUCCGCUAAAGAUUUUUGGGAACGAUAUGUGAAACCUUCUCGAGCUGUUGUCUUGAGAGGUGCCGCUAAAAACUCGCCUGCUUUUACUAAAUGGACUGAUGAAUAUCUGGCUAAGCAUUAUGGAGACUUAGUAGUUCGCUUAGAAAGAAAGAAAGAAAAAAGCGGAGCAGUGCCAGUUGGUGUUAAAGGCAUUGGACUUGACACUAUAGGGAAUUUUAUCAAGCAUUACCAUCAAACUAACAGCUAUAUUGUGUCUGAGUUACCCACACCCAUGUGGCAUGAUUUUCAAGUGCAACCUUGUCUUCUGUGUGGGUCGUUUCGCAAGCGUCUUGUUGAGGUUGAUCUAUGGAUGAGUGGUGGAGGAUCUAGCAGCAUUCUACAUAAAGACGCUUUUAACGCCAUUAACUGUUUAUACAAUGGAACAAAGGAAUGGAAAAUGAUUGAAUAUAAAUAUGAAGACAAAAUCUACAAGGCAUGGGAACCAGACAGAGAAAUUGGAGGAUUCUCGCGCAUUGAUCCUCUUAAAGUUGACUUGAUAAAGUACCCCAAGGUGGCUGAGGUACCUUGGUCAUUUGUGACCAUCAAUGCAGGGGAUUGUUUGUUUUUACCAAAAAGUUACUAUCAUCAGGUCACUUCAUAUGGCACUAUGAACGUAGCUCUCGCCAUUUUGUUCUCAAGGUUCGAGGGGGAAGAAAAUAUUGAUCUAAGUGAUUGUCAUGGUAACAAGUCUUAUACACCGUUAAGUGAAUUAGAAUUAGACUGGAUGUUCCCAGGUCACGGCAACCUUAGUAUGGGUAACCCAGAUCUUGAGGAUGUGAGAACAAUCCUGAUGAAAAGUGUUGAGGAAGGUAAUCCAAGGGAGUUUGUCUUCAAGACUUUCAAACAGAUGUUUCCUGAAAAGUCAGAUGAAUGGGUUGGUAACAAGUCUGAGGAGAUUGCCGCAGCAGUUGGUCUUGACAAGAAGAAGAUUAUUACCACUGAAGACAUCCAGAACCUUAACAGAGACGACUUGCGCAAGAUAGCACUUAUUGUUCAACCAACUGACCUAUCAAACACUGAACUACACGAACAUACCUAUGUCAACCCCACUGCUGUAUGGGAAAUCGUGAAACGUCUCUUGCAAGAAGAUGGGAAACUAAAUAAAAAGAAAUUCAUCCAUUUCUACAAAAAGGAAGCCUAUGGAACGGAAAAAUUUGCGAAUGAGAUACUGUCUAAGCUAAGUAAAGAUUCAGAUAACCAAUGGAUAAACAAAGAAGAUGUAUCAUCUAAGCUGCGGGAAGCUCUUUCUCCUUACUUUGACAACCAGAGAGAGGAGUAUAUUCCCCCAGGUGAGAUGGAACCUGAAGAGAAUGAUGCUUACGGCGAUGAGAAGGAUGACGAGCUACCUUUACAACCAACACAUGAAGAACUCUAGUAUUAUAUCAUAAUUGUAUUAAAAGAUUGAUAAUUUAUUUAGGAAUAGAUAACGAGACGUUUUUAAACAUUAUAUUCAGUGGUGCCUCUAUUAUAGAAUUACAAUAUCUGCUCUAAUUGGUGGUCAAACACUUACCAAACACUGACCACCAUCGAUUUAGCUGAUAAAAAUUCCGCAGGAGAACUGAAAUGACAUUAAGUGUUAGGCAGCAACUAAUAAACGGCAGCUAGUUGCAACGUCACGAAA